UCAACAAUUUGCUUCAUUAUAUCAACUUAUGCAAUUUUCUGAUCAAUGAAUUUGAUUUUAUUUGUCUUCUGAAAAUUUCAACAAUUUUGAUGGUUUUCUCUUCUGGAUUUGUGGAAUUUGUUCUCGCUAUUUUGUUUUCAUGUCUGAUUUACUAUUUCUGCAAAUGGGUUUCGUUGAAAAUAGGGAUAUCAGGCCUAAAUUUGCUACUGUUCAGUUUUUAUGCUCUGUUUUCUCUCUUGCAUUUUUUGUGGAAGUCGAAUUGUUUUGGUGUUUGUUUGUUUAUAUUUUAUUACUUUUCCAAGUGGGUUUGGAUUUUAUAGGGGUUAUACUAGCUGGGGUCGGAUUAAUGGUAGAUCGAAUUCCACUGUUUGGGUUUCAUGUGUGAAUAGUUAUUUAGCUCUUCCUGUUUUUUUUCUUUUUUUUUAUAAAGCUAUCUGAUGAUCUGGUGGGGGAUAUAGUCGAAUACGUGGAAAGGUAUAAUCAUGAGUCACCGAACUAAAUUAAAAUAUUCCUGGAUGCUUUUUGUUUUUAUUUAAUUGCUUUUCCUAAGAAAUCAGAAGUUUAAUCUCUCUCUCAACUUGUUUGAACGAGUGUAAGUUUCGAUGAUUCUUUCCUGGGCUAGGAUUUUCUAUCAGCUUUAGAUAAAGGUUUAGAACAGCAACUCUUGGAGCAAGGAUCUUGAACACUCUUAGCUUCGGUAGAGAUAAAAAAGUCCCUUCACUACAAAAUUUGUAAAAUGCAAGCUUCUCAGCUUCAUAGAGGUUCACAUAUGGCAAAGAGGUUGUGUUAUCAGCCACUUCAGGAAGUGGAUGCCUACUACUUCUCCCAAUUUCAAUCUUUAGGUCGCCAAUUAUAUUCCAAUGUUGGCAACCAAAGAGGUCACUUCAAUGUUCAAGACAUCGGUGAUCGGUACUGCACUCUGGAGUCGUCCUCAGGAAGCCACGGCUAUGCAACUCACAACUCGACCUCAACUGUCACUUUCUCACCAAAUGGGAGUCCAGUAUCGCAACAGGAUUAUCGUUCAAAUCCUUCUGAUCAGCAUAAUUCCCCUGACAAUACGUAUGGUUCCUCAGUAAGUGGAUCCAGUAUAACGGAUGAUAUUAGUGAUUUUAGGCACAAACUACUGGAAUUGGAAACUGUGAUGCUUGGUCCUGAUUCUGAUGUUAUAUAUAGUUUUGAUAGUAUCUACCAGGAGGGGACGGACAAUCCAGAGAUGGGAACUUGGGGACAAGUGAUGGAUGCUAUUACUAAAGGAAACUUGAAAAAGAUCCUAAUAGCUUGUGCUAAAGCUGUAUCAGAUAAUGAUGCAUUGAUGGCACAAUGGCUUAUGGAUGAGCUGCGCAAGAUGGUGUCAGUUUGUGGCGAACCGAUGCAGAGGUUAGGAGCGUAUAUGCUGGAGGGGUUGGUUGCACGGUUGGCUUCCUCAGGUAGUUGCAUCUAUAAAUCUUUGAGAUGCAAGGAACCAGCAAGAGCCGAGCUCCUCUCGUAUAUGCACCUUCUUUAUGAGGUUUGCCCAUACUUCAAAUUUGGAUACAUGUCAGCAAAUGGUGCCAUUGCAGAAGCCAUGAAAGAUGAAGAUAGAGUUCACAUCAUUGAUUUCCAAAUUUCUCAGGGUACUCAGUGGGUCACUUUGAUUCAAGCAUUUGCAGGUAGGCCUGGUGGGCCACCUCACAUUCGUAUAACUGGUAUAGAUGAUCCUGCAUCAGCUUAUGCUCGUGGAGGUGGCCUAGAUAUUGUUGGGAAGAGACUUUCCAAGUUAGCAAAGUUAUUUAACGUGCCAUUUGAGUUUCACUCUGCUUCCAUUUCUGGCUGCAAUGUUCAUCAAAACAAUCUCGGCAUUCGACGAGGGGAGGCUUUAGCAGUGAAUUUUGCAUUCAUGCUACACCAUAUGCCAGAUGAGAGUGUAAGCACCGAAAAUCAUCGAGAUAGGCUACUGAGGCUGGUUAAAAGUCUGUCUCCAAAGGUCGUGACACUUGUUGAACAAGAAUCCAACACAAACACGGCUGCCUUCUUUCCCCGGUUCGUCGAGACACUAGAUUACUACAAUGCCAUGUUUGAAUCAAUCGAUGUUACUCUUCCAAGACAGCACAAGGAGCGAAUUAACAUCGAGCAGCAUUGUCUAGCCAGGGAAGUUGUCAACAUACUAGCAUGUGAAGGAGCAGAGAGAGUGGAACGACACGAGCUACUUGGAAAGUGGAGACUGCGAUUUGGAUUGGCAGGAUUUACACCUUACCCGUUAAGCUCGUUGGUGAAUGCUACCAUCAAAACGUUAUUAGAUAACUAUUCUAACAGGUAUAGACUCGAAGAAAGAGAAGGGGCUUUGUAUUUAGGGUGGAUGGAUAGGGAUUUAGUUGCUUCCUGUGCAUGGAAGUAAAAAAAUGUAACCAUGGCCAUACAAGAACUAGCUAUUGAAAACCAAGGGGGAAAUACAUGGUUCUUUUCUGCUUCAUUAGAUGCUGUGACAAAAAUUACACGAAAUGUAUUGCCAAGACGGGAACUUUUCUUGCUUGGCUGAGCUAUAGUUCAAUUCUGGUGCAAACUGCAGGGCCUUGAAAAUAUGGACUAUGUUUUUAGUUUGAUGUUUGGUUAUAAAAUGCAAGCUGGGAUAACCAUGGUAACUUAAUGAUGGUCUUUUAGAACAAGGGCCUUUUUCUUCGGUGGCUAAUUCCAAGAGAUUAAAUAUCCGAAGGGUUACUUCAUAUAAUCUAGAAAAAUGAUGCAUAAAUGUAGAAAUUUAUGUUAGUUUCUAUCAAAUUUAGUAAGCCGUGUGGUUUCAAGUUUACCCUUUAGUUGGUGAGUUGUUGAAGAAAUGCCAAUGUAAAAGUACUACACAAUCAAUUUCGUGUAUCAGAGACCAGUAUUAUCUCUGUUAAGUUAUUGUUAAUGUAACUUGGGUUGAUAGAGGCCGAAACUGUAUCAAUGUGUUCGAAAACUUUCUUGAUUA